UCAGUUUUUAAGCCAUCUAGAUGGUAAUACUAGCCUAGUCGUGCGAAGUGCCGGCGACGUUCUAUGGAACCUUCAAGCGACGCGCUUUUGAAAUUUCUAACAUAAAGCCAUCUUCGGCUUUUCGCCUGGCCAAUACCGUCGAAGCCUAGACAAGGAAAUUUCGACGCCAAGCCAAAACCCCUUAUAUAUUAUUACCCUUCUCCUUAUCGCCCGCGUCAAUACCCAUCAAUGGCUUCCAUUUAUACCUGCACAGAAUGCGGUGCGAAUCUCAAUUUAAACACCGCCUGUCUCUAUCCGCCGGACUUCUACUUCGAGGCAGGGAACAAAGGCACGCUCUCCUUCUCUUCGAUUGACUCCACCAAGUUCAGGUUCGAGAAGGAGGACAAGAUCAGACCAUUUUUCGAGACUGUUAAUUACUGGGGAAUUCAGAGAAAGAGGACCAAGAUUAUAUGCAAUAGCUGUGGACGACUUGUGGGUUAUGUUUACGAUGAUGGCCCUCCUCUCACCGAUAGCCCUGGUCAGUUUCAUAUGGGUCCUAGUCAGGUCAUCCCUCGGGCACCCAGGUACCGCUUCAAGACCAAGGCUCUUAGGAUCGCAUCGGAAACUUGAGAAGGUUCAUGGGUAUUUGUUCCUGGGAUAGUUGUAUACUUGAUGAUGAGUGUUAUAAUUGGAGAACUUCUAUUUUGUGUUUCAAUUCGUGUAUGUGUGCUAGACAAAAAUUGAAACAAUUUUUUUCUUUUUUUGAAA